UUGGUUGUCAUAGAAAUGUCAAAGAAUUCAGUUGUCAAAAAAAACUAUGAACAGAGGGAGGGCCGUUGGAUAUUUUGUUUGUGCUUCUCCUCUCCUCCGCUCGUCGCUCCCCCGCCAUUCAUCAAAGAAACUAUAAAUUCAUCAACUUCGCUUCGUGUGUGUAUACUCAGUCAAAGAUUGCACAAGAUGACGAACAACCUCUCCCAAUUACUGUCGGGCAAUUCCAUUGUCAUCAGCACAGGUAACAUCCUCAACAUCGACAAAAAACCAGGUCGCAAAUCCACCGAAGAACUCACCGAUGGACUCAAACUAACAUUCAAGGAUCCCGAAGCAACAGCUAACCUCGCUGCCGGUGAAUUGCAUCGCAAUAUCACGGAAUUGCAGAGCAAACUCUCCGAACACGAACGACCCAACAUCAGUAUUGGCGCUAAAAUAUUCCUCAACAAAAAAUCCACUGAAAAUUUGAACAAAGCAAUGACAUCACUCUUGAGUAUCUUGAAAGUGGAUUGUGUGGAUAAUGUGGUCUUGGCCUAUCACCCAAAGCCCUCGAAAGUAGUCGAGGGCGAUACGUCCUAUGGCAUUCUCAAGUGGGGAAGCAAGGACAAGGAAUCCACCGAAGAGUUGAAGGACUUGUGGACGCAUUUGGAACAAUUCGCCUUGGAUAAAAAGAUAUGCCAGUUGGGAGUAUCUGACCUCGACACCGACACACUCACCGAACUGUACACGGGCUCCAAGGUUCAUCCAUUGAUUGCCCAAAUCAAUCUGGCUUCUUGCUGUGUUGUCCCACCUCCGCUGCAGGAAUUCUGUACAAAGAAUGACAUUCAAUUGCUCACUCAUAGUGACCCGGAAAUUAUCCUGAACGAUAGCGCUUGGAGCGAACUCAACUUGGCCGAUCUCUCUCUGGACUGGGUGGUGCGGUAUCAAGUGCAUCUUCGCUGUCGAGGCGUGCUCACUGCCAAAGGCUAUAUUGUAGGUGCCUCGAAGUAGGUGAAGCGAAGUCGACAGUGACGACGAAAGCGACAUCGACAUCGACAGAUGUGAGGCAUUGCAUAAUGAGGCGAGAUCGUCUUAUCUAUUUUUACACAUUGCAUUUUUAUUUGCAAAGAAAAACUUUGUUGGUAAUUUAUGGUUCCAGGAAAAUUUAUAUUUCUCUAUGCUAACGUUAUUCCAUAGUUUGUUUUACAUAAUAUAGAUUUUAUUUUUUAUUAAUACAAGAAUAUUGUUGUACCUACUUUGUACAUAAGAAACGGGAAGAGAUAAAAUAAAAUGAAAAUAAAGUUCUCAAAUAUGUUUACAUCGCUAUCAA